AUGGACCGACGUCACGAACAGUCCACCAUGUCGCCAAGAUGGGUACCGAAAUUGCAGCAGACUACUAAAUCAAAUAUCAUUUUGCUCUACAGCCUCAGAACUCGCGAAUUGAUUACCGAGCUGCCCUUGACGACUGCUACACUUCGGCUGAAUCCCGUCAACACUCCCACACCAACUACGUUGAGCUUUACCGGUUUUGAGGACGACACCGCGUCCGUUCAAACGGAUCUGCAAGAUCGAAACGAGGAGACGCCGGAGCCUGUUCGCGCUUUUGGCGGCUACAAUCGACCCAGUGCUAUUCUCUUCGACUUUGAUCCGAGGUUUGAAAAUUCACGAAUCCUCCUCGCCAACGUGCAUUUUGUGCAAACACAACGGAAUUCGGGAUACUCUUCGUUGCAACACUACCAUAGACGAUUUUCACUGGGUGAGGGCUUCUUCGAAGCGCAGGCACCGUGUCUGUCCCUUGUACGACUUCCUUCAUGGCAGAGAAUCGCAAAGACACGAGACUUCGGUGGAUUACCUGAUUCGCUUUUACAAGAGCAACGACCCGACAGGCGAUUGGGCAGUGAAAUAAACAUUCUCCAAGUCUUCUACUCCCCUGCCGGCCAUCUUAUUUUCGCCGUUGUAACAACUGCGUCGACAUGCAGAUGUGGAUCAUCGGCCCAAGCCUUGCUUUUCAACAAUUUCUGCCACGGCUCUAGUGAGGCCGUAUCGGGAUUCGGAAACAGUCCAGACCUGUCUCAGCAACGACACUGGAGCACGGGGGAGGGUGGUGUUGGGGAAGUAGGUGCCUUUACAACCCAGCUCCCUCCUCCACCCCCAGGAUAUACUCCACUUUUCCUCACCGUCUUCCACAGUGACAGUUUGAAUACGCUUCGAGUAAUUCGCUUUGAUCGCCCGCUCUGUCCUCUGCACACCUGUCCAACCAACUAUAUGCCCAUAAUGAGCAGAUGUGGCGCCCGACUGGCGCUAAUUGCUUUAGCAACCGUUGGUGUUGGUAGUAGUGGAGUGAAAAGGAGGUACAGGGGAGGCAGGAGAGGUUUGGUGGAGAUGGAGGGCAACAGUGGAACACCAAGGAGGAGGCGAAUAAAUACCCUUAAUAUCCCUGAAUCGGCGACUAUGACCGCGGGUACGGCACAAAAUCGGCCGAGUAGUAGCCAUCUCUGCCCCAACUGGAUAGAGGGAGACUGGGAGACAAAUGCAUGGAAUGAGGAAGAGACGCAUCUCACCGGCAAAUCCGCCUCGAUAGACACUGGAAGUAGUAGUCCAGGGCGUCGAAAACUGCAGGAGAUGGUUUUCGUAUAUCAGCUUGAACCUCCUCCUACUCUGCAAGCAAUUGCAAGACAGAAGAUUAGACAGGCAAGGAACUAUACUACGCCGACACCACACUGGAUCACUUGGGACUGCCGCCGGGGCUGGUGGCGUACCUCCGAUUUCAGCCGUCCUUCAGUUGUUCCGGUUCCUGCGGGGGGCGAGCAGCCGAGCUGGCUCACGCUAGGAUCCCCGUCUUCUGCUGAGACAUCUUGUUACGGUCGAGCCGCAUUCGAAGCGUUGCUUAGUGAACCGCCAAUGCGCAGUCCACGAGUUCCUCAGAAUGAUUUUACAAACUCUGGACGCCACCGUGGUUGCUCUUGGCGGCUGCAAGGCUUUGAUGUCCUGCGUAACUGUGGGCUGGACUGGGAGGUAUGUCUUCUCAAGAUACUGGCGGCCACUGAGCUGCUCUGUGGGUCACCAAUAUCAUUGCCUUUGUUCCACUUUUAUGUAAUCAAAACGAAUGGUUAG